AUGAAAAGUAAGACAAUCUUAAAGAAAGAAAAGCAAUCCAAAAGACAAAGCCGAAAUAAAAAAGGGAAAAUUGGUGGAAAAUUAAAAACCGGAGAUAAUAGUUCAAGUAACGAAAGUGAUAUUUAUUUUUAUAAUGACCUCCAAAGAUGGAAAAAUAAUAUAAAAGUCCCAAUAUGGUUAAAAAAACCAAAGGAUAGAGAAUCAUUAAGUGAAUAUUAUAAAAAUAUAAUAAGAAAAUUAUUAAGAGUUAAAAAUAAAAUAAGAGCAUAUAAAAUACAAGAAGCAUAUUUAAUAGAUUGCUUACACAAAUCUAUGAAAUGCUUAAAAUUAAAUUCAUUGUCCAUGAAUUUUUUGGAUUAUGAAAUAUAUAAAAAUUUAAUUUACAAUUAUAACGCUGAAAAUUUAUACGAUAGUUUAAAUUAUUUUUAUGAACAUGAUAAUAAUAUUGAAGAUGGAAAAAAUGAAUAUGAAAAAUUGCGUAAAGAAAAUUUAAAUGAUUGCAAAAAAACUUUAAAGCCAGAUAUUAAGAAAAAUCUCGAUAAUGAGAUAAAUAACACAACUCCAAGUGUUCAAAUUGGUUGUCAAAAUAAUGAUAAUCCAAAUAAUUAUGAAGCAGAUAAAAAUGGGUCUAUUAAUAUCAAUCGGGAUUGUAGUAAUUAUAAAAUAGAUAUGCGCACUAAAUGCGUUAAAAAUAGCAAUAUGUGUGCAAAGAUUUGUAAUAGUAAAAAAGGUAUGCUUACUGUUCCCGAGAAUGAUUUAUUACAAAAUGAAGGAUGUAAAGAUAAAGCAAAUGCAGAGCAGCUUACCAAAACUGACCCAAAUGAGUCACUUAAUUUAAUCGAUUUGAUAAAUAGCCUAAAUAAUGAACUAUUAAAGAAACAGACAGAAAAGAAAUAUAAUGAUAAAAACGAUUUAAUGAAAAAGGCUUUCAAAAAAGUAAUAAUUCCAGGAUCUUUUUUUGAAAAUAAUAAUUUUUGUCCAAUAUUUAUGAAUUUGUUAAAACUGGAUAUAUAUAAUGCUUGUUCUAAAAAUGGUAUAAACAUAUCCCAAAAGUUGACAAGCCUUUUUGAAGCUAUUAACAAUUUUUAUGAAACUCCACCAGAAAUUGGUAUAGAAACAGAAAAACAAAUACAGAAAGAAAUAAUUCAUAAUGAUAUAAAUGGAAAUGACGAGAAAAUAAAAAUGAUGCCACAUAAUUCAAAAAUAACAACAGAAAUUGAAACAAAUGAAAAAAACAAAAAUAAUACUAUUAAUUCAUAUAAUAAGGAUUUAAAUUUUUUUAAAAAUCAAAGUUCGUUAUAUAAAUUAUCACAGUAUUGUAUUGAAAAUCAUGUUCUAGAAAAUGAAAUGGUCGAGGCAUUUGAUACGAUUUAUAUAUACAAUGAAAAAGAUGAUAUUAAUAAAUUUGGACAAAAAGAAAAUAGUAAUUAUAGAAAUAAUAAUAAUAACAAUAGUAAUAGUGAUAAUAAAAAUAUACUAAAUGAGAAGUUUUGCCCCAAUAGAAAUCUCGAAUUUACUUUAAAUAUUUCAAAAAAAAACAUAGAGGGACUACAAUAUAUUGAAAACAGAAAUUCAGUUUUAUUAAAUGAAGAAUAUAUCGAAUUAAAAAAUAAUACAAAACUUAUUAAUGAUGGUGAUAUAAUAAAGGAUGAUGGGAGUAAAGAAAAUAAACAACAAAUAUAUAACACAUAUGAAAAAUAUAAUAAUAAAUAUAUUAAUUUAAAUAUGCAAAUAAAAUGUCCAUCGAAAAAUAAAAAUGUUUAUAAUAAAUUACAAGAACAAAAUAUAAGUGAUAAAGAAGUAUAUGAAAUAUCAAGUUCCUUUGACGAAACUGAAAAAGUAACACUAAAGGAAAAUAAAAUGUGCAAUAUGAAUAAUGAAAAAAAAGAAAGCGAUAGAGUGGUAGAUAUGUGUGAUAAAUUUGGACAAAAUGAUAAUAUUAAUGAAUAUAAAGAUACACAAGAUAUUUUAAAAUGUGAAAAAAAAAAAAAUAUAUCUAUAUACAAUGAAAAUACGUUAAAAAUAGAAAAAAUUCAGGAUAAUGAAUAUGAUCAAAUACAUAUAAACAAAAGAAAACUAGAACAAACAUAUUUAUUUAAAGAACAAGAUAAUGAUAAUGAUGAUAAUAAUACAAAUAUACGAAUAAUGGAGGAAGAACAAAAUUAUAAAAAAAAAAAAAUCGAAAAUAAUAAUUUGAUAAAAUGUGAUAUACUAAAAAAUGAUUUUUUUAAAAACAGUGAUGAAUAUAAUAAUAUUGUAACUCCAUGUAUGCAUCAUGAAAAUAUAAAUGAAAAAGGAGAUAAUAUUGAUAUACAUUCUAUUCUUAGUUCUGAUAAAAAUGAAAACAAUAUAAAGGAGUUAAGCUACAUGAAUCUUAAAUUAAAUAAAGAAAAUUAUAAACUGUAUUUAAAAAAAGCAGAUAAUUUUUCAAACCCUGAAAACGUACGCAAUAUAAGUUUCCAUGAUAUUGAAUCGAAAAGUUUUUUAUAUUCCAACGACAAUAAUAUAAGCAAAAUGGCUCCUAAUAAAGCAAACAGUAUUGAAAAUGACAAAGCAAAUUCAGACAUUAUAAUUUUAGAUGUUUAUGAUGAAAUACGGUUAAACAAUACAAAUAUAGAAUACAAAAAUAAUGUAAAAGAAAAUAAAAAAAGGAAUAUAAGCAAUCAGGAAAAUGAUAAAAUUAGUCAAAAUAAUAUUCCAUUGAAUAAUAUUAAAAUUGAUAAUUUACACCAAAUAAAUAAAAUAAAUGAAUAUGAUUUGGGUGUAUGGCUUGACACCAGCACACAUGAAUGUCAUAAUUAUUAUAAUGCAGAUAAGAGCAAAGGGAAAAAUCCACGAAACUCAAAACAAUCGAAUAUAUUAAAUAUACCCAACAUAUCAAAUAAAGAACGUGAAAAUGAAAUAUCAAUUUUAAACAUUGAUUUAAAUAAAGUCCAUAAUACUGUACUUGACGGAUUAAUGAAUUUGUUUGGCCUUAAAAGUAAGAGAUUGCCAAGAAAAAUAUUAAUUAACGAAUUAACAAAAAUACAAAAGUAUUUAUGUGACGAAUAUAAUAAAUAUUUGAAUGAAAAUAAUUUAAUACCGAAUGAAGAUAUAUAUAUGAGUUCUAAUUGUGAAAACUUUUGUAAUGAUACAAACAAAUUUACAAAAGAAUGUGACAACAAACUUUUUUCUACCAAUUUUGAGAAAGAAUUUGUUAAAAAUGUGGGGACAAAUAUAGAGGAUAAUAAUGUAAAAACUGAAAGUUAUAUAAAAAUAGAAGAGCUAAUAAAUAAUGAUAAAAAUAAAUUUCAAAAUGAAUACAUAAAUAAUAUGAAAAAUAAAAUAAAAUUAAUGGAAAUGAAAGAAAUACAUGAAAGAAUAGAUGAAGCUAUAAAUGUGAAUGAAAAUAUAAAUAAUAUUAUACAAAACCAAAAAAAAAUUAAAUAUUCAAUAUUAAAAAAAUAUUUAAUUGAUUGCAAAUUAACAGUUACUAAAGAUACGCUUGUUGCUUACUGUAAAAACAGGAACAUAGAUAUUAUCUUUAAAAGGGCCGGGGAUACAAGCCCCACGUAG